AUGGCUGCGCUGACGAUACAAAGGACCGACAACUUUUUGCACACAUUCUUACAGGAUCGGACGCCCAGCUCCUCUCCAGAGGGAGCCCCUAACGCCCUCUCCUUCCUGGCCACCACCUGUAGCCAGGCUUGGCAGGUGGGAGGUUCCAUGGGCUCAGAAGGUUCCCAGUUCCCUUACGAGGGCACCGUCAGUUCCGCAUCGGGAAUGUUUCAGCUCUGGAGCAACGAAAUGACGCCCAGCACGGCCCUCAGCACCCACCAGAUGACCUUCACGGUUCCUAAGGUGCAGUUCCCCGGACACAUGCAGUCCGGCCUGGGCCACCACCAUCAUCAUCAUCACCCCCAUCACCACCACCACCAUGAGCUGCCUCUCACCCCUCCCGCUGAACCUCCCUCAUCGUACUCAUUCGAACUGUCCCCGGUGAAAGUCCUGUCCUCGCAGCAGCAGGCCAGCGGCCCCUAUUACCCUCAGCACAACACUGUGGCACAAAACUUCCCCAGCUUCCUCCAGAACUCCGCCGCCAGGCACCACCUGCCUGGGGGACACGUGGAGGAAGGGCAGCAGUGGUGGAGCCUGCCCCAAACCAACGCCACCCCUUCCAACCACCCGUUCUCCCUGGGCAGACAGCUGGUGUUGGGCCACCAGCCGCAGAUCGCCGCUCUCCUCCAGGGCACCUCCAAGGGGCUGCUGAGCUCGACGCGCCGCUGCCGACGCUGCAAAUGCCCCAACUGCCAGGCGAACGGCGGGGGGCUGGAGUUCGGCAAGAAGAGGCUGCACAUCUGCCACAUCCCGGAGUGUGGCAAGGUCUACAAGAAGACCUCGCACCUGAAGGCGCACCUGCGCUGGCACGCCGGGGAGAGGCCCUUCAUCUGCAACUGGCUCUUCUGCGGGAAGAGCUUCACCCGGUCCGACGAGCUGCAGCGGCACCUGCGCACGCACACGGGGGAGAAGCGCUUCGGGUGCCAGCAGUGCGGCAAGAGGUUCAUGAGGAGCGACCACCUCUCCAAGCACGUGAAGACGCACCAGACCAGGAAGAGCCGGUCCGCGCAGCCCGCACAGAGCACGGACCCCCUGCUCACCAACAUCAAGAGAGAGUGA